GACUUAGUCCUAAGUUCUUUCUAUCUAGUCAUGGCAAACAAGAUUUAUCAGCUACUUCUAACUGGCUAAUCAUUUUAAAAAGAGACCUGGCAACAUGGGACAAUUACAGUCAAAAAAUGCUUGUAAACGCAGGGAAAGUCCAGAGGGUGGCACGUUAGCGACGGCCACUCAUGACUUGCAGAAAGAGUCGGUUCAUCCCAGCGAAUCACACCGAUUCAGAAGCAAACAGGAUAAGUGUAGUGCAGAAAUAAGAGACGACCUCUUCUUGGAUUAUGACUGCCCUCUCGAGGUGAUGUUACCCCCAGAGAAAAAUGCUGAAUACCAAAGUCACAAAAUCUUUCCAGAAAAUAGAAAUACAUUAAGACUGAAUGCAAAUGUCAAUGACAUGAAGUGUGAUGGUCCAUACAGAGAGGAAAAUCAUCAAGAAUGGGUGUUUACUUUGUAUGAUUUUGACAACAGCGGCAGUGUAUCGAAAAAGGGCAUGUCAAGUUUAAUGCAUACAAUCUAUGAGGUGGUGGAAGCGUCAAUAAAGCAAUCUGCACUUUGUGACAACCAAACUCUAAGGGUCAGACUGACUUUCACUCCCUUAUUAUGCAGCGACAUCAAAAAAGAUUGGGAUUCUGGGAAUCUUCUGAACAAGAGUGACCAACUGGAGAAACAGUGGCCAACACAUAUCAGGGGCCUGGAUAGAGACCAGUCUAACAGUUCAGAGAAGAAUCUCUCUCACCUUAAUGAGAAUACAGAACACAGAAACCACUAUUUGGACCUUGCUGGGACUGAAAACUACAGCUCCAGAUCUGAAACAGACAACACCGCACAGUCAGCUGUUGAGGAGCAGUGCCAGGCUAGUCAUGCACAUGUUGCCCCUCAGACCCAUCAUCGAUGGCCCCAGUUAAAUCACUGCAGCCCUGGGAAAUAUAAUGGACGUAGCAUUCCAGUCCUCAGGUCCCUGCGAAGUCGCAGUAAGUCUAUGGGAAGUGGAGGGGGCACUACCAAGAUCAACAAAAUGAAUGAGCAUCACCCAGUCCGCUGGUGUUGUCCUCCUCAGCAGCAGAAAUCUUUGCAUGAUAUCCACAGUAAACAUGCCCAUUCCGGAUAUCGUGAUGCCACGACAGCCUCAGUUGCUCAGCAUGAGCACCAUCAUAUUCAUGAGCACCAUCAUAUUCAUGAGCAUCACCAUCAUUAUCACCAUCACCACCAUUACUACUCAUCCUGACUGCAGCAUUUAACUAAAAAGGGAAAAAAACAUUAAGAAAGGAACAAAGAGAGUGACAUAUUUUGAGACAUAUUUAGCCUUAAAUUUGGUAAACUACCAUGUUUUGCACAUAUAUGUGGGCAAUUGUUUCCAGAAUCAGCUUCUUGUUGCUAUUCUUUAAAGAAAAAAGCAUGUUGACUGCUAUUUGUACAAACUUUGCUACAACUGCUUCUAGUAAUAUACUAAUACUUUAAAAUCCCUUUAAACCCUCAUUGUGAGAUACUAGUAGGUUCUGGUACUGACACCUCACUUGAAUGAUAUGUUUUUAUAUGUAUUUGUAGAUAAAUAAAGUUCUGUAUUGGUAUAGAUGAAAACAUUGCAUUUAAAAAAAAAUCAAGAGUAUUUGACUUUGCUCUUGCUUUAAAA